CGCACCCGGCUUGGCGCAUGCGCAGUCGGCCCGGCGAUGCGGGUGCUGGUGGGUGGUGGGACUGGCUUUGUGGGCAGAGCGCUGACCCAGUUGCUGCGGAGCCGUGGGCAUGAAGUCACCCACGUCUCUCGACAAGGAGGCAAGGAUCGGAUCAGCUGGGAAGAGUUGUCCCACUCUGGACUGCCCCUGUGUGAUGCCGUGGUGAACUUGGCUGGUGAAAAUGUCCUCAACCCUUUCCGCAGAUGGAGUGAUGCCUUCUGCAGGGAAGUCAUCAGCAGCCGGGUUGAGACCACCAAGACCUUGGCCAAAGCUAUUGCUGAUGCUGAACAGCCACCCCGUGCUUGGGUCCUCGUCACUGGCGUAGGCUAUUACCGCCCUAGCCCCACAGCUGAGUAUACUGAGGACAGUCCUGGGGGGGAUUUUGACUUCUUCUCACGCCUGGUGAGCUCGUGGGAGGCUGCAGCUCUCAUCCCUGGGAGCCCAGCUCGUGGUGUUGUGGUGAGAUCUGGGGUGGUGCUCGGCCGAGGUGGUGGUGCAAUCUCUCAAAUGCUCUGGCCUUUCCGUCUGGGACUAGGAGGCCCCCUGGGCUCUGGGCUCCAGCCCUUCCCAUGGAUCCACAUUCAGGACCUGGCUGGGAUCGUGUGUCAUGCCCUGGAGAGUGAGUGCCUGCAAGGCGUCCUCAACGGUGUCUCCCCAUCCUCCCCUGCCACCUCCAAUGGCACCUUUGCUCAGGAGCUUGCUGCAGCCCUGGGACGCCCAGCCCUGCUGCCAGUGCCAGCUUGGGCUGUGCGGGCUAUCUUUGGGGCAGAGCGGGCCGUCAUGCUGUUGGAGGGCCAGAGGGUGGUGCCAAAACACACUCUGGAGAGCGGCUACCAUUUCAUUUUCCCUGACCUAACUGGAGCUCUGAAGGACAUUGUGGCUUGAGGGCUCCUCAUUUGGGCUGUGUUGGGCCCUGUUUUUAUGAGAUCCCUGGCUCACAUGCCUUCCCCUGGGUGAAAGAGGGUAGCCCUGCCCCUUCUUGAUAAUUCCCCAUACAGAGAGGGGGAGCAAUCUUUUUCCCUUCUGUCUCUCUUUGUGCAUCCCCAGUUUAGGAGUCAUCCCUCUUAUUGCCAUCUGCAGUCUGCACAUUACCUGCUUUUGGGGAAGGGCACAAGCCUCUCUAAGGAUUGUGACUGCUGAAUCUGCCAUAUUCCCUUUUCCAGUGUGCAUGUGAGCUGCUUGCAGAGCAGCUAGGGCUUGUAAUGUCUCCUCCCCUGAGAGACAGGGGUGGCAACAGGAAAGGUGUUCAGGUGUUGUAAUUCUCCUUCAUGUUACUGGAAGUCCCUCUUCCUGUUUUUCCCCAUGUCUUUCCCCCAUGGUCACAUAGAGACCUAGUUAUGCUCUUCUGCUUUGCCUUUCUCAGUCUCAUAGGAAAUGGAGUUGCAGUUGUGGGACAAGAUCCACCCUGAGGGACCACAAAGGGUGCUGGAUACAGAUGGCUUGGAGACUGCCAUCUCUGUUAUUGUGGUGCCUCUGUGCUGGUACCAAGUUGCUGUGUCGGAACCUCCAGCUGAGCCUAGGCCCAAGAGUUGCAACCCUCCAAGGUUGUAUAACCUUGAUGCUGUGGUGGGCAUGAAGGAGAACACUGCUUUGCCAGCCUGUAGGGACAAGGGUGGCAGUCUGUUGCACCCAGACUGCUCUUGAGGCCUUGGGUAAGUGUCGACUACAUCUGAGCUUGUGCUGAGGAGAAUCUGGGUGGUUCAUCUUGGUGUGAGGUAGUGCAAGGCACUGCCUUAGUCUAAAGGGAGCACUUCAGCUGUUGACUUUGUUGUAGUUAUCUGGUCCCAGGCAGGGUGGUUUUCCUUUAUUCAUCCCGUGAGGUGGUACUUGUAUUAAGGGCAUUCCCACUGAUUGGACAGUGAGAAUAUCUAGGCUGCCUGGGCUGCCUUGGGAAGCAGUACAUCUUCUCUUAUGGAGAACAUUGCAGUUUCAUCAUCUUGUGCUGUAAGGAAAUGCAUCCACAUGCUUCCCUUAACCCAUUUUCACAUGCCAAAGUGGGUUGCAGGAUGUGAAAUCUACAGAGCGGCUAAGUUCAUUAUAGCACUGCUUCUGGAGAAAUAUUCCUGCUGUGAUGUAAUUUUGGGCUAGAAAAAUAUAUUUUAAAGCACUUCGGGAAGUUAAAAAGACCUGCUCCUUUCCUGAAAUAAGAAACCUUCCAGAACAAGAACCUGGCUUAUGCCAGGUUAAUGUAGUCACAGUAGCUGAAGGGUCAAUCUUGGUGGAGUCUAGACUCCCCACUCACCUACCUCUUUGCUCAGUCCAUACUGGAGACAGAAUGGCAAUCUGCUGACUUUCUGGGCGGGAAAAUUAGAGUGGGACUGUCCAGCUGGAGCUAGAGAUAGUCCUUGCAGUCAGUGCGAGCACAGCCAGGUGAGCUGGGACUUUGGGAAUAGCUAUGAAAGCAACAUCACCUGAGAUAAAUGUGGCUUGCUUGGAUUGUGUCUGUGCUGGCUGUAAGUUAGGUGCAGAUUCCUUUAGCUUCCUAUGUGCCUCAGUUUCCUGUCCUUGAGAGUGGGCUGACCUACUCUGAGUUACAGACCCAGUUCAUUGUGGGGCAAUACAAUGCAGAUGAUCAGCAGUGCUUCGUCUUUAGUUACUCCAGCUACCGUUUUAGAGCCUCGGACUUCUGUCUGCUUCCCCAGAUGUAGUGGACUACAGCAUCCUUCUGUAAGGCAAGCUGGUUAGCUCUUCUGAAAGAGGGUUGCAUAUCCCAUGAAAGACCACCACUAAGCAGAGUUCCUAGGCCUUGGACUCCCUGCCUGGAUGUGUAACUCACUCAGGAUUUUGAAGGGUUACCUCUGCAUGAUGUUUGGCUUAAGCAUGUGUCACAGGACUUGGAUGAGCUUCUGACACCUGAAUCCCAGUAUGGGUUCUGAAAUUGAUGCCUGAUACAUCAAUUGCCCCUGCCUGGACCCAGGGCCUCCUACUUGCCCAGCUGGUCCAGCUUGAAGUUUGCUGGUGGAUACACAUGCACACCGCAUGCACACCUGGUUUGUGGGAGAUACAGACAGUCACCUCCCCCAGCCUCCAGCAACCAGGCACACAAGCUGUGAGCUGCUGUCCCACUCCAGCUGCUGGCACAGAGCCCCUCACUCGUGCUGGUCCUCCCAGUAACUGGUUUUGUGGACACGCAGAGUUAUUGCUGCAGUAGCGGUAGGGUGAGGCCCCACUGGCUCCAGUAGCUGACACCACAGGCCAGGGGUGCCUGCUCCCCCAUCUGACUUAAGUAGCUGGCACCAAAUCCACUCAUGCUGAUCCUCCAGUAGCUGGCACUUGGCCCUUGCAGCACACCUACAUGGGGUAGAGUGAAAUUAUGCAGAGAGAGUUAUGAAAAGAUGUAAUAAGAAGACAGGACAGGCUGUGGUGGUCAAAUGUAGAGCUCAUCCAGACCAGCUCUGACUGACCCAGGUUUAUAUCCAACCAGCUUCUUUUAUACCCCUUUUCUGUCUACCCCCAUCUUUGUUGCUCCCAGCUUCCCCUCCCCUGCACAUUCUCUCAACAACUGACAUGGUCCCAUGACUCCAUCCAACAUCCUGGACACUCAGGUUUGCAUCCUUACCAGUUGCAAAGCCCUGGUUGCUUAUAGCUUCUUGAGAGCUCAUCAGUUAGUGUGACUAAUGAUGUUUGCUUCUGGUUAUUGUCUUUGUUAAUGCUAAUUGGUCAGAUUUUAUCACUCUGUGUGUUUGUCUCCCUUUCCUUAACUUCCCAGCUGUAAAAAUAAAUGUUUUCAGACUUGCACUACGCAUCCUUACCAAUUAGGGUGACUGAUCAGGUUUGCUCUCAUCACAUCCCUUAUCAUGUGUCAGGAUUAUCUCUGUAUUUUCUUGUUUAUGGUUUCUUUGACCAGAUAUCCUUAAAAGAGCAGGCAUGCUCCUUCGACAUCCCAUGACACUCCUCCAUUGACCGGUAAUAUCAGAAGAAGCUGCACCACUCCUCACUCCCAUAGAGCCUGAAUGGGGCCCCACUAUGGGCUGCACACAUCAAGGCAGGAGCCCGAUUCCUCUGGGCAUUAACCAUGGAGGGGAGCAUGUGCAAGGGCUGUGGUUGCUGGCCAACCCAUCAGAGACAAUAGACAUGAACGUAUUGAGGCACUUAAGAUCAGUAACACCUCUGUAAGUGUAACAGGUCGUAUAGGCAAGUCCAGUUCUUUGGCUUUGAUAGCUGCAUCUCUCCAUGCACUGGGUCAUGGGAUGUCUGUGGCCAGGUGGAUCCUGUAGUUUUGGUCUCAUUCCAGCAGAGCUGAGUGAUCUGCACUGGUCACCUGCUUUGGGGUUAGCUCUGUGCCGACUGCUGAGUCACAUGCAGUAUCAAAGACAGCUAGGCUUAAUUCUUAGUUUUUGGAACCAGUGGUAGUUCUGCGCCAUUUGUAAUGUUAGUCCACGUUACGCAUUCUUUCACAAAUUGUAAGACAUUGCUGUUUUCCUAAUUAAGGUUGGCAUUUCCCUUCCUGUACCCCUUCAUUUCCAGUGAACCGUGGCUCAGACUUGACCGGGACAAUUUUCUGAGAUUUUAGGGGCAUGUCAUGACUACCCCUUCUAUAGAAUUCCCAGUCUAACCCAAAUGUCCCUUCUCCCAGCUUAAAGGAUUGUAAAUCAGAAGCUGGAAUCCAAGACAAGCAUGUACCUCCCAAAUUCCCCAAUGUAGUCUCCAACUACAUAUGCACACACUCCUCCCCCAGACCUGCGUGUAGGGAACAUGCAUUGGUUCAACCCCUCCCCACACAGGCACACUCAUAGAAGCACAGGGACAGACAUUUGCACAUCAUACCCAGCUGAAAUUGGCAGACAACAUACUCGGGGAGCGUGGGGAGGGGAGGGAAAGGAAAGCUACUGUCAAGGACAGCUAUCAUUCAAUCCAAUUAUUCGAUCUGGUUCUUCAGUGGAUUACUUGUAAUACAAAUCAAAAGGACCUAAUAAAGCCAUUAGUUAUGAUA